AUGGCAUCACUCUCGCAAUUAGCGUCGCAGUGGAAUAUUCCACCGGAGUUGCUCGAUGAGCUCUCCAAGUAUGCAACACCAACCGGGCUCGCUGAUUAUGCGGCAUUGGCCGUCAUUGCUGGUAUAUCGGGCGCCUAUAUCUCUCGUGGAUACCUCUGGGAUCAGCCUGACCCGUAUGCCUACCUGGCAUAUGAGAGGCCGCAAUUGAAGAAUGGCGGCCAGUCUGGCGCCAAUGCUAACAAGGAAACCCGGAACAUUGCGCAAAAGCUAGAGGAGUCUGGGAAAGAUAUCGUUGUUUUCUGGGGAUCGCAAUCUGGUACAGCUGAAGGGUUUGCCCAUCGUCUGGCCAGGGAAAUAUCUGUUCGAUGGGGCCAGGAAAGCAUGACUGCAGACCUCUCUGAUUACGACCCAAUCACCAUCAAAGAAAUUCCCAACACUAAGCUCGCUAUUUUCAUUGUUUCUACCUACGGCGAGGGUGAUCCUAGCGACAACACGGUCGACUUUUGGAGCUGGAUCAACAAGGCCAACGAUGUCUCCCUCCCCUCUCUACGAUAUGCCGCAUUUGGACUGGGAAAUACCAACUACAAGUUCUACAACAAAGUCGUCGAUGUUAUUGUGGAGGGAUUGGAAAAGUUUGGUGCCCAGGCAUUGAUGCCAGUUGGAAAGGCAAAUGAUGCAGAUGGCGCGACUGAAGAAGAUUUCAUGUCUUGGAAAGAUCAAUUAUUCUCAGUCUUUAAGGAGCAGCUGGGCUUCCAAGAAAUCGAAGCCAAGUACACCCCAAGCUUGUUGAUCCAAGAAGACGAGUCCUUGGAACCUAUCGACUUGCACCAUGGAGAGCCUCAUGGCCAGGCCGAUGGAAAAGCAAACCAAUCCUCGGCGGUUCGCACGCUGAGCAUCUCGAAUUCGCGGGAGCUUUUUACCUCAUCUGACCGUCACUGUCUACACAUGGAUCUUGACUUGACCAACCAGCCAGAACUUACCUAUAAGACUGGUGAUCAUCUGGCUAUUUGGCCGGGGAAUCCUGACUCCGAAGUCGAGCUUCUUCUCCAGGUUCUUGGUACUUACGAACGACGCGACAUACCUCUCCACAUCAAGGCCAUUGACUCGGCCACUAAGGUCACCAUCCCAUCACCCACAAGCCCAAACGCGCUGUUCCGCUACUACCUCGAGAUUUGCGCUCCGGUAAAUCGUGACAAUGUUCGUGAUCUUGCACAAUUCGCACCAACCGCGGAGGCAAAAGCCUACCUUAGCCAACUCGGCCAAGACAAGGACAACUACGCCAGUUUCAUCAACCGCACCCACCUAAACCUCGGUCGCCUCCUGCAACUUGCAUGCCCAGGCCAGACGUGGUCUGAUAUCCCACUCUCAUACCUGGCCGAAACUCUGCCUCAUAUCCGCCCUCGCUACUACUCUAUCUCAUCAAGCAGCGUGGUCUCCCCACGCAAGCCAUCCAUCACCGCAAUCGCCACUACGACUCCUCUCCCUGACAACUCGAGCGAACUUGUCCAUGGUGUCACAUCCAAUUACCUCUUAGCUAUCUCUCAACAGGCUCAAUCUCAACCGCACCCUUACGGAGUUACCUACCACCUCAAUGGCCCUAGUAACGCUUUAGAGGGCGGAAAGGUCUUCGCUCACAUUCGUCGAAGCAAGUUCAAGCUGCCUAUAACCGGAAAGACGCCGCUGGUCAUGGUCGGGGCCGGAACAGGCCUUGCUCCUUUCCGCGCAUUCCUUUCGGAAAGAUGCCAGGUCCAAAAGGUUGGAAAGGAAGUUGGCCAAAUGAUUCUUUUCUUCGGAUGUCGCAACCCGAACGAAGACUUCAUCUAUCAACAGGAAUUGGAGGAAAUGCAAAAGGUCCUUGGCGAUAAAUUGCAUGUCGUGACGGCAUUCUCGAGACAAGAAGGUACUCCACGCAAAUAUGUGCAAGAUCGAGUUUCGGAGUUCGGUGAUGAUGUCGUCAAGCUCAUUGAUGAGGGUGGCAGUUUCUAUGUUUGUGGGCGCGCAGGAAUGGCCCGCGAAGUUGAAAAGGCUGUUGGGGAAACCAUGAGGAGGGCCAAGGGAUGGUCUGAAGAUGAGGUGAACAACUGGAGCAAGGCAGUUAAGAAGAAGAAUAAGUGGCAAGAAGAUGUCUGGGGUUAG